UUUUCUUUCUUUCUCUUUGCUGUUGAUGAAGAAUCUACCUCUGUGAUAUAUGUUGAACUAUGCUCUGAUGCUAAUCUUGUUUUUUUAUAAAGACUGUCUUUUCCACCUUUUCUCCCAAUUCUUGUUUGUGAUUUGUUAAUGAUGAUUACAUUUUGAUAAUUAUUAUGAUUUUUUUCUUGCUUGCUGCUGCUCCUGAGAUGAGAUUCCCUUGGCUUUACAGAAUAUGUAUAGCUUGUGGUGAAUGCAAGUGUACUAAAAAUUUGGAAACUGUGCAUUGAAUUGCUUCUUUGAAAAUGAUUUUGCGUCCGUCUCUCUGAAAGAUUGAUGUUCUUUCUACAGGAAGAUCCUGCCUUCAAGGACCAAAGUUAUAUCCACCAUUUGGUACAAAGUGCAAAGAACUGAGUAUUAGUAGUCGGUUCAAAGCAGUUGACCAAACCAAUUCUUUUCAGCGGCUGUAAUGGCCAGUCACUUGCAGUCAGACUCCACGCGGUUGUACUCGUGGUGGUGGGAUAGUCACAUUCCUAAAAACUCAAAAUGGAUUCAGGAUAAUCUUGCAGAUAUGGAUUCCAAAGUCAAGACAAUGAUAAAGCUCAUAGAAACAGACGCAGAUUCGUUUGCAAGAAGGGCAGAAAUGUACUACAAGAAACGUCCAGAGCUCAUGAAACUAGUUGAAGAGCUAUACAGAGCUUACCGCGCUUUGGCCGAGAGGUAUGAUCACACGACAGUGCAGCUUCGUCAUGCGCAUAAAGCUAUGGCUGAGGCGUUUCCUGACCAGGUUCCUUUCGACAUGAUUGAUGAUUCUGCAUCAUCUACUUCUGGACCUCCUAAAGAAGAUGGUGCAACAAGUAAAAGUAGUUCAAGUCACCUAAACGAAUUGUACCAAACUUGUGAUGCUCACCAAGGAGAUAGUGAAGUUGAAAGCUUGAAGAGAGCAUUGCUCGAGCUUCAGACUGAAAAGGAGGCUUUGAGUCUACGGUAUCAGCUAAGCUUAAACAAACUAUCAAGAUUUGAAAAGGAGCUCAGUAAUGCUCAAAAUGAUGUUAGAGGAUUUGAUGAACGUGCUUGCAAAGCUGAGAUUGAGAUUAAAGUACUCAAGGAAUCUCUUGCAAAGCUAGAGGUGGAGAGGGACACAGGGCUUUCAAGAUUGCAAUCUGAGAAAGAGGCUGGUUUGGUGCAAUACAAUAAAUGCCUUGAGUUGAUAUCUGUUUUAGAGAAGAGGAUUAGAGAUGCUGAGGAGAGUGUUGAAAUGUUCAAGGACAAAUCUGAGCAGGCAGAGAAUGAAACCAAAGCUUUGAAACAAGAAGUUGUGAAGUUAAAUGAAGUGAAUGAAGACUUGAAAGUUAGAUAUCAGAAGUGUCUGGAGACAAUAUCAAAUCUAGAGAGAGAGGUUUCUUAUGCUCAAGACAAUGCCAAAAGACUGAGCAGUGAAGUUCUUGCUGGAGCUGCAAAGGUAAAGACUGUGGAGGAGCAGUGUGCUCUUUUGGAGAGUUUCAAUCAAAAUCUGAAGUUAGAAGCAGAUAAUUUAGCGCAGAAGAUGUCAGAUAAAGAUCAAGAACUUGUUCAGAAGCAAAAGGAGCUUGAAAAGCUUCAAGAUCUAAUGCAAGAACAGCAGUAUCGGUUUUCGGAACUUGAAGCUAGUCUUAGAAGCUUGGAGAGUUUGCAUUCUCAAUCUCAAGAGGAGCAGAAAGUUCUCACUAUGGAACUCCAAAGCAAGACUCAAAUUUUGAGAGAGCUUGAGAUGAGUAAUCAUAAUGACUCUUCUACUAUCACCUUGCAGAUACAGAGAAAUGAGAUCUCUUGCUUGAAGAAGAUGAAAGAAAAGCUUGAGGAAGAAGUUGCAAAACAGAUGAAUCAGAGCAGUGCUCUUCAAGUAGAGAUACACCGUCUGAAGGGUUAUAUAGACAACUUGAAUAGGAGAUACCAGCAACUAAUUGAACAAGUGAGGCUCACAGGUUUUGAUCCGUCAUCACUUGUCUUCUCAGUGAAGAAACUACAAGAAGAGAACUCAAAGCUUCUCCAGUUAUGCACCAAACAAAGAGAUGAUAAAGACACUCUAACAAGAAAGCUGUCUGAAGUGGAUAACAUUAUAAAGAAGAAUGCUGAUUUGGAGAAACUGCUUUUGAUAUCAAACACAAAGCUAGAUGGUUCCAAAGAGAAAGCAAAGGAUCUGCACGAAAGAUGUGAGUCUUUAAGAAGAGAGAGAUCUGAGCUUGCUGAUGAGAGAACAAACCUGUUUUCUCAGUUACAAAUCAUGACUGUGAACAUGCAGAAGCUCUUGGAGAAGAACUCUUCACUGGAGAGAUCCCUUUCUAAUGCAAACAUUGAGCUUGAAAGCCUAAGGGACAAGUCAAAGUGCUUUGAAGACUUGUUCACUUUGCUCAAGAAUGAUAAGUCUGAACUCAUAAAGGAGAAAGAAUCUCUUGUGUCUCAACUGCAUAAGGUUGAGGAGAAGCUCGGAGUCUUGGAGAAGAAGUUUACAGAACUAGAAGUAAAAUACACUGAUCUACAAAAGGAGAAGAAGCUCAAGAGCAUUCAAGUGGAAGAGUUACAAGUCUCGCUUUCCACUGAGAAGCAGGAGCAUGCUGAUUAUAAAAGAUCUACUGAAAGCAGAUUAGGAGAUCUUCAGAGGAACGUGAGCCUUCUUAGAGAAGAGUGUCGCUCAAGGAAAAGAGAGUAUGAGGAAGAGCUUGACAGAGUUGUAAACAAACAAGUGGAGAUCUUCAUCUUGCAGAAGCUUAUAGAAGAGCUGGAGCAGAAGAACUUCUCUCUAAUGAUUGAGUGUCAGAAGCAUGAAGAGGCAUCAGAACUUUCAGAGAAGCUCAUAUCCGAACUGGAGAGUGAGAAUCUUGAGCAGCAGAUGGAAGCAGAGAUCUUCUUGGAUGAGAUUGAUAGCUUGAGGAGUGCAAUCUAUCAAGUGGUGAAGGCACUUCAAGUUGAAGCAGAUUGUAAGAUUACGAAAGACCAAACAUCACUUGUUGUGGGAGAGAUUAAUGGGUUAAAGUGUUCACUUUCAAGCGCUGAAUAUGAGAUGCAUAGACUUGUGGUUGAGAACUCAGUGCUCUUGUCUCUACUUGGACAGUUUCAUUCAGAUGGUAACAUGCUGGAAAAGGACAAGCAAGAGGUAAUGAAGGCGAACCGGUUGUUGAAAUCAGAACUGAUCAGAAGAGAACAGCAAGAGCAAGAGCUCAGAGAUGAAAUACAAACGGAGCAUUCAAAGUUUGAGAGGUUGCAUGAGUCAUACAUGGUUUUGAAACAAGAUCAUUCCUCUACACUCAAGGCUAACAAAACUUUGCUUUCAGAGUUCUCACAACUCAAAAAUGGAAUGUGUGUAGUUGAGGAAGAAAACGAUGCAGCUCUUCAGGAAGUUGUUGCUUUGAGUAACAUGUGUGUGGUUUACAAGUCCCUUGGGUCUGAAAUGGCUGAAGAGGUCAAAGCUUUUGCUGAAACUGUUAGCGGUUUACGAGAGAAUAAUAUAGACCUAAAGCACAAGGUUGAGACAUUAGAGGAGAAGUUAACAGGUAAGGAGGAAGAGAAUCAAGGUCUUGAAAAGAAGCUGGAGAAGUUACAAGAAGGCCUUGAAGUAGACAACUUCUUAAGUGGAAUCUUGGAACGUCAGGUUUUUAAUGUAGACGAAAUCUUGGAACAUAGGGAAAUGGAGAUCACAGAAGCAGAGCAUAUGCUCAAGGCUACACACAUUGAAAAUGAAGAGCUGCACAAAGAAGUCGAGGAGCUGAGGAAAGACAUUGAAGAAUCAAGAAACAUGAGGGGGGACUUACAGAGGCAGAUUUUUGAAAUGUCAGAUCUUGCUGGGAGGCAAGAGGAAGAAAUUAGGAAUCUCAACACAUUGAAUGAGAAUUUGAAGUCAGGGAUAGAGUUAUUACAUAAAGAUAUCCAAAGAAGACAGCUUAGAGAAGAGUUACUUAGUUUGGAGCUGCAAGAGAAAAGCAACGAGGUUGGACUUUGGGAUGCUGAUGCAACAUCUUUCUACUUUGAUCUUCAGAUCUCAUCUAUCCGCGAAUUCUUUCUUGAGAACAAAGUUAAAGAACUCAAUGGAGUAUGUGAAAAUCUCAAAGAGGAAGAUGUUGCAAAGACGAAUAAGAUGAAACAGAUGAGAGAAAGAGUUUUCUUUUUGGAGUCUCAAGUGACUGAGCUGAAGACUCAAUUGUCAGCUUAUGAUCCUGUGAUAGCAUCUUUGGCAAAAGAUGUAAAAUCUCUUGAGAAAAGUAGUCAAGCUUUAACAAAAUUUCCUGCAUCAGACUAUCAACAAAGAGAGGAAGAAGCUUUUUGUCAUGAGCUUGAAGAAAGUGAAAGCAUCACCACUCAAGGAAAUGGAAUUGUGAUUCAGAAGGAAGUGAAGCCAAGGCUUUUAAGGCAAAGAACACGAAGGGGCGCCUACAGAAGCAGAAGCCGCAGGAAGACUGAAGAGAUACAGGUCACUGGUGAAUCUAGCCGACCAAGAUCGAAGCCUGAGAUGAGGGAAGUGAAAAAUGACAAGAUGUUUGAGUUUUCGGAAGAAUCUGCUGAAUCAGAGACGACCCUUCUCAAAAACAGUAAGAGGACAUACCGCCUAAGCAGGAACCCCUCAAUAGAAUCAGAGAAAAUGGUUGGAGUUGUUGACAAGCAAGAGUUAUCUAGAAACAUAGAAGACAAGGCAAAGAUCAUGGAGAGACUUCUGUCUGACUCAAGAAGACUCUUAAGUCUCCGGAUUAGCAUAACAGACAUGAAAAGCAAGCUGGAGACGAACGGGAAACAAGGCAAAGUCAGCAAAGCUGAUAUAGUUAUAGUGAAGAGACAGUUGAAAGAAAUGGAAGAAGCUGUCUUGCAGAUGACAAACACAAACGAGAUUCUUUCAAAGGAAACCGAGGAGACUUCUGGAGAUUCCAGAGAUAUAUACAGAAAAGUGAUUAUGGAGAAGACAAGAAACGGGUCUGAAAAGAUUGAGCAGUUGCAGAACAAAAUGCACAACAUUGAGCAAGCGGUUCUGAAGCUUGAAGAUGGAGCUAAAAGCAAACGAAGUAGGACACUGAUUCUCUUCAGAGACAUGAUUCACAAGGGCGGGAAGAGAAGUGCAAGACAGAAGAAAAACCGGUUCUGCGGGUUUAUAAGAUCUUCUUCUAAAGAAGAGCAAGAUGGUUUAUAAGUACUAUGUGGUAAAGAUAUUCAUUGGACUGACUAUAGAAGUACUAUUAUGGUAUGAGUUUUGAAAUAAUGGAGCGAUUUGCCUAAGAUAUAUUGUGAAAUAAAGCUAGCUCAGUGGACAAAGAAGCAUAUAUAUAUUACAAGAAAUGUUUGGUUU